AUUUAAAUAUUUGAUUGUUUAUGUUUUUACUGUUUAAUGUCAGUCUUAUUUUGUUACUCUUCAAUGUUUCACUAGGUAUUUUUAAACAAUAUAAAAAUAAAAAGUUAUGACAAAUGAAAAUACAACUAGUAGUAGAUAUAUACCGAUAUUAUUUCAAAUUGGCAAAGAAGACAGUAUUUGGAUUGUUUCAAGUUCAUUUAUUAUAUUUACAAUGCAAACGGGUUUUGGGAUGUUAGAAUCAGGGUGUGUAUCAAUUAAAAAUGAAGUUAAUAUAAUGAUGAAAAAUGUUGUUGAUAUAUCGCUCGGUGGCAUAACUUAUUGGGCCUUUGGUUUUGGCAUGAGCUUUGGUUUCGAUAAACCAACAAAUUCAUUUAUCGGUACAAGUGGUUAUUUAAUUGAUCCAUAUAUUUAUGAUGAUUUAAUGGGUCCAAUUUGUGCUGCAUUUUUAUUUCAAUUAUCAUUUUGUACAACAAGUACAACAAUUGUAAGUGGUGCAUUAGCUGAAAGAUGUAAUUUUAAAGCAUAUUGUUUAUUUUCAUCUUUAAAUACUAUUGUUUAUUGUAUUCCUGCGGGUUGGAUGUGGGGUGAUCAUGGAUUUUUAAAACAUUUGGGAGCUGUUGACAUUGCUGGAUCAGGUGUUGUACAUGUAGUUGGUGGUUUUUCUGCUCUAGCAUGUGCAGUGAUGCUGGGUCCUCGUUUAGGAAGAUAUGAUAAUGGAUUUGAUCCACUUCCACUUGGAAAUCCUGUUAAUGCAAUAUUAGGAUUAUUUGUACUUUGGUGGGGUUGGUUGGCAUUUAACAGUGGUUCAACAUAUGGUGUAAAUGAAGAUAAAUGGAAAUUUGCGGCUAGAGCUGCUGUUUCAACAGUAAUGGCGAGCAUGGGCGGUGGUAUUGUUGGACUAAGUUUUAGCCUAACAAAUCCGCAUGGUAUUGACAUUCUCAGUCAAAUAAAUGGUAUUCUUGGCUCUCUCGUUGCUGUAACUGGUGGCUGCUUUUUAUUUCAAGCUUGGGAAGCUGUUGUUGUUGGAAUGAUCGGAGGUUUUAUAACUUGUUUUACAAUGCCAAUCAUUGAUAAAUUUAAAAUUGAUGAUCCAGUUGGUGCUUUUGCUACUCAUGGUGCGUCUGGCAUAUGGGGACUUUUAUCGAUUGGAUUUUUUGCUGAUAAUCCUGGUGCUAUAAAUACAACCAGUGGACGAAGUGGACUUUUCAAAGGUGGUGGAUAUUAUUUACUUGGUAUUCAAAGUUUAGCAGUAUUGACUCUUACUGUAUGGGCAUUUACUUCAUCAGUCAUGUUGUUAUGGUUUGUUAAUUUAAUUAUUCCAAUAAGAAUGGCUGAACAUGAAGAAUUAAUUGGAGCAGAUCUUUUUGAACACGGUGUCAGACAUAAAACAAUUGGUGUUAGUCGUGCAAUAUCAGCUUUACAACCAUUUCCAAAAGACAAAGCACUUCAAGAAGUACCAGUUGUUGGUAUAAAUACAGGUCAUGAAUCAUACAUAAAAGAAUAUAUAAAAGCAAAAAAAUUAAAUAAUUUAUUUAAAUUAAAAAAUCGUCAAAAAAUAAAACAAAAAAAUUUAAUAAAUUCAAGCAAUCAGGUAUCACCUCAAGCAACAAUUCGAACAAUUUCACAAUCAAAUUGGCUUGAUUAAAAGAAUCAAUAUACUUAUUGGCAUAACUGGUACAUUAAUUUAAACAAUAAAACAACAAAUAAAAAUAACUGCAUUGAUCUAGUGGAAUGUUUACGAAGAUGUAUUGAGUAUUUAUUAAUUUACUUUCAAUAAAUAAAUGCACUUUAAAUAAGUGUUUCUUGCAUAAAUACAUAAUUAUUAUUAUCAUUAUUGCUAUUACUAAAUAAAUUUGUUUUUUUUUCCUCAUAAUUUUAUAGAGGAAAAAAAAAUAGAAAUUUCAUUGGUAAAAUCCACUGAAAUUGUACUGGUUUCUUGUUUUUUUUUUUUUUUUCUAGUUACUCACGGACGAAUUGCAAUGGACGUGUUAAUAAUCAUUGUCAAAACGAGGAACUCAAGAUUGCCAUUAUUACUUUCUAUAUAUACAUAAUAAAUUAAUUAUCUCACACAAUUAUUAAUAUAAGAAAAAAAUCAUCUACAAAUAAAAUAAAAAAUAAUAAAUAAUAAAAAAAAAAAAAUUAAAUAUCGAUAUGUUUCUAGACUAUUCAACUAUUUUGACUAUUUAAUUAAAUAACUUAUUAUUAUUGAAUAAUUAAUAUUAAAUUCAUAAUUAU